AUGGUGCACUACGUUAUACAAUAUGAGGAAAUCGAUCUUGAGACGGGAAUUCUGGAGACCAAGCGGGAUCCCGUUCCAUUAAGCGACAUUUACCCGGUACAUAUGAUUUUGGACGAGGGCGUCCAGGGCUCCUGCCAGUAUUUGAAAGAGAGGCUGGACAUUACUGAUAUGAUCAGGACGAAGGACAUGCAGCCCUGUUGCACCUACGUGGAGGCUUAUGAAAAUUGGGGAGAGAGGCUGGUUAUUGUUGCCUCCCAGGUAUUGCGCCACAGGGCACUAAUCGGUUGGGAAGGGGAUCCAGACUUAAAGCUUCCUGACUUCUCCUACUGCAUUUUGGAGCGAUUAGGACGAGCUCGUUGGCAAGGAGAGCUCCAAAAAGACCUCAGCGUGGCUUUUAAGGUGGAUGCUGGAAAGCUUCACUAUCAUCGAAAAGUCCUGAUCCAAAAUGGGCUGAUCUCAAUGCAGUCCCACGUGAUUAGAUUGCCCUCGGGGAUCCAACAGCACUCCAUUCUUCUGCUUCUGAGCCGCUUUCACAUUGACAGGAGGAGCAAAUAUGAUAUUCUUAUGGAGAAGCUCUCUGGCAUGCUGAGCAGCCGGCCAGGUCAGAUGGAAACACUGGGCAACAUAAAGGAGGAAUUGGGUGUCUGUGAAAAAACCUUUAAGCGCCUCUAUCAGUACAUGCUGAACGCCAACUUGGGCAAGAUGGUCUCUGUUCCGCUGCGGGACAUGUGUUCUGACGGGAGGCCUUUGAAGACAAAGAAGGGAACUCAAGUCAUGGUCCGUUGUUUAAAGCUGGUGAAGGAAUAUCAGAAGAAGGUGGCUGACUUCCACGAUGAUGACGAAGAAGAAAUGAUUGCCAAAACUGUGCAGCCGGUGGACGUUGUGUAUGAAAAGGACAUGCUGGCACAAGCGUAUGAGCUGAUUGAAAGCUGGGGGACCAAAGGUAUUUCUCAGGCAGAACUUCGAGCUGCGAUGAACGUGGGAAAGCUGGAAGCCCGGAUGCUGUGUCGCUUGUUGGAGAGAUAUAAAGUGAUCAAGGGAUUCAUGGAGGACGAGGGCAGGCAACGGACCACCAAAUACAUUGCACGGAUGUAUGCAGAACAGAGCGACCUGAGCCAGCAGUUUGAACGGGAGAAGGCUCGGAGCGAGAAGCUGGCUCAGGCCAGCAUGGCUUUUGCACACGACGACCCUUUGCCUGGAGAACGGCUCCCGCUGGCGGAGGAGGAGGAGGAGGAGGAGGAGGAAGAGGAGGAGGAAAGGCAGGCAGUCCUCCUGGAACUGGAGAAGGAAGAGAAAGACAGAGCAAGGCGGAAGAAGGGCAGUGCACAGGCCCUGCCCGGCCUUGAUUUCAAAGGAGGACGUGGCCAGUCAGCAAGGAGGAGAGCAGCUAAGAAGAAGAAGUCGUCUCUGCUCCCUCUGGAAUACUUGGAAGGCCGGGAUUCCGCUCUGGACUGGCUCCGGUCGGAAGCCAGCCGCUCCAGCUGUGCCCGUUUCAAAGCUGUCUCUGGGGAUGCAGCUGUGGUUGAAGAAGUCCUGCCUGGAACCCUCAAAAAGAGCUGUGAUGAAAAGAGAAGAGAGAAGAGCUCCCAGGCCCCCCCAGGGGAGCGAUCCCAUGAGACCUACCGCCUGCUGAAACGCAGGAACCUCAUCAUCGAGGCAGUCCGAAACCUGCGCUUGAUCGAGAGUUUGUUUGUGCUUCAGAAAAUGAUCAUGGAUCAGGAGAAGCAAGAAGGGGUCGCCACCAGGUGCUGCAAGAAAUCCAUUGUUCGCUUGGUCCAGAAGCUCUCCCAGGAGGGCCUCCUGCGCCUCUUCCGCACUACCGUGAUCCAGGACGGCAUCAGCCGCAAGGUUGAAUUUGUGGUUGAUCCAUCUGUGACUCCAGGUGACCCAUUGGUGAAAAGUGCCAUCGAGCAAGUGCGUUUCCGAAUCUCCACUUCAAGUUCUGUGAACAGGUGCCAGGCCUUGGUCGCUCCCUGGGUUUCCUACCCAAAAUGCCGCGCUUAAAGAUGACUCACCUCUUCCUCUGGUACUUGAUCUACGGGCAUCCUGCCAGCUCGCAGAGGAGGAGACCUGGCUGUGACCUGUUAGGAGGAGAAGACACGGGCAGUGCCUCCUCCGGCUCUCCCCUUGAUGCGGCAGAUGACAAGGGGUCUCUGCAAAGCCCAGAGGUUCCUGCCCAAGAAGGAGAUCUGGAGCUUGAGGAGCAGAAGGUGUAUGUGGAUGAGGCCUCCUGGAAGCGUCACGUCCCUCCUCUGCCAGUCCACCGGGAGUUUGGACACGGCUGGGCACUAGUUAGUGACCUCCUUCUCUGUCUGCCUUUGUCCAUCUUUGUCCAGAUAGUGCAAGUCAGCUAUAAGGUAGAGAACCUGGAAGAUUACCUGAUGGACUCUCUGAGGAAACAUACACUCAUCAGGAACCUUCCCAGAUCCGUUCGGCAGCAGCUCGUUUACAAGCGGAGGUAUAUCUUUUCAGUCAUGGAAAGCCUACAGCGGUUGUGCUAUAUGGGAUUGCUGCAGUUUGGCCCCACAGAGAAAUUUCAAGAAAAAGAUCAGGUGUUUGUGUACUUGAAGAAAAAAGCGGUGAUUGUGGACACCACCAUCUGUGAACCCCAUUACAACCUGGCUAAAAGCAGCCGCCCCUUUGACAAGCGCCGUUACACCCUGGGUACCCUCCAGGAUGUGGAGAACUUCUGGUUUGACCUGCAGUGCGUCUGCCUCAACACACCCCUCGGGAUUAUUCGCCAGCCCCGGGCGAAGAGGAGUGGCGCCCCAGCUGGGGAGGCCGAGGCGCUCUCAGACGUAGCCCUGGAGCAAGAAUCAGCAGCCCACAAGCACAACCUGGAGCGCAAGUGUGCCAUGCUGGUGUACACGACAGGAUGCCGAGAGGUGGAGGACGAGGGCUCCGUCCCGGGGGAUGGGCUCGGGGCAGGCGGUCUGGACUCCAGCUUUUACAGCCACUUGAAACGCAACUGGAUCUGGACAAGCUACAUCAUUAAUAAGACUAGGAAGGAAAAUGCCGUUUCUGAAGCUGGGCACAUGGUCAGACUGCAGACCUUCCUGCCCAAGCGCUCCCUGCCAUUUGGCCCUGCAGGUGCCCCCAGUGCUCUUUGGAAAGAGAGCCUGUUCACCUCGGAGCCUGCUCUGCAGAGAGAAGACCUGGCCGUUGAGAAGGAGGCCAACCUGAACAGGAGCCAGCGGGUGAGGGGGGGGAAGAGCCAGAAGAGGAAGCGGCUGAAGAAGGACCCGGUGAGGAAGGCAAAGAAGAGGAGGAGAAAGAGAGACGAAACUCCGGAGGCAAAGGACCGGAAGCCACGCUACCACGAUGAGGUGGACCGGAGGGCUCUGCAGAGGAUGACCCGCCUGCGUGUGAUGUGGACCGUGCAGGAGGACAGCCUGCUGAUGCUCUGCCGCAUUGCAAGCAACAUUCUGAAUGCCAAGGUGAAGGGGCCCUUCGUCCCCUGGCAGGUGGUCCGAGACAUCAUGCACAGCAGCUUUGAGGAAUCACUAGACAAGACUUCUCACUCCGUUGGGCGGAGGGCCCGCUACAUCGUCAAAAACCCCCAGACCUACCUCAACUACAAAGUUUGCCUUGCUGAAGUCUACCAAGACAAAGCCCUGAUCGAGGACUUCAUGAACAGGAAGAGCGACUAUCAGGACGCCAAGGUUUGUGCUGAAGAGUUCAAGGACUUUGUUGAGAGGCUGAAGGAGAAGUUCAGCUCCACGCUGGGGAUUCCCAGGGCUGCCAUUCCGGACACUUUGCAGGACCUUUUCAUCAGGUUCCGGGUUCUGGCUAUUGGGAAUGAAAGUAGCUGUGGCAGAAAAGAAGAUGAACUGUGCAGCGUGGGUGACAUCCACUUCCUGGUGCUGCAGAACCUGAUUCAAAGCACGCUGGCUCUCUCCAACAACCAGAUGAAAUCCUUCCAGUCCUUCCAGACCUUCCGCCUCUACCGGGACUAUCAGGACGACAUCCUGGUGAAAGCUUUCUUGGACUGUCAGAAGAGGAGCUUGGUGAAUCGCCGCCGGGGUAAUCACAGCCUGGGCCCCAAGAAAAGCCGGGCACUGCCCUUCGUGCCCAUGUCUUACCAACUCUCUCAGAGCUACUACAGAGUGUUCACCUGGCGCUUUCCCAGCACCCUCUGCAGUGAAUCCUACCAGUUUCUCUUAAAGCUCAAAGAAGCCGGGAAAGAGGAUGCCGUUUCCAGCUUUUCCUUUAAGGAGCAAGACAGCCUCCCUGGGGCCGAGAUGGUGACGUUUCCUUUAGACGGGCCCGGAGGCUACUGCUCUGCUCUGCUGGCCCUCUUCUCUCUCGGCCUGGUUUCUGUAGACGUUGCAAUCCCAGAGCAGAUUGUCGUGGUUGACAGCACCAUGGUGGAGAAUGAAGUCAUCAAGAGCCUAGGGAAAGACGGGCUGGAGGAGGACGAAGACGAGGAGGAGGAGGAAGAGGAGGAUGUGGAGGAGAAUCAAGCCAACAAGCGCCAGAUUGAGGUGAAGGCCCGGCAGGCUUCACGUACCAACUACCUGCUCAUGAGAGGCUAUUGUGCCCCAGGGAUCAUCAACACCCGGAAUUUGAGUCCCACAGACAACAUUGUGGUCGAUUCCUGUCAGGUGAAAGUCAGGCUGAGAGCAACACCUGCCCAAAACGGCCUCUUGGCUGAAGACCCACCCGACCUGGAGAACAUGCCGGUUGGAGCCUCUUGCCUCCCCAGCUCCUUCACCAAAUGUCUCAGGGUCCCAGAAGAGGGUGACCCGAAACUUCAGUUGCUGGAUCAUUACAAUCACAGCCCUGGAGACGCUGCUGCGGCCCUUGAAAUCUUCUCUGCUAUAGAGGCCACUUCACACUUCGGGGUGGACCAGGUGAAUCUUGCCAGGCAGUUCCAGCAUUACGAAGAAGCCGUUCUUGGGCGCUCCGGCUUCUUGCAGAAAUAUCUUCAGGAUCUCCUGGAUUUGGAGCAGGUGUUGGAAGUAGGUGGGAAAAGUACUCGGCUGGUGGCAAAGAGAUUUGCAAGCCCAUGGCUGUUGCAUUCUGGGGGCCUCAAGGACGUCAGCCAGAGUCUGCCAGGCCAAGAUCCGCGCCCAAAGAGGGACCGUGCUGAGCAGGAAGGAGAGGCCGCCGCCUGUGCCGCAGCGGCACAAGAAGACGAACCAGGCAGGAAAAGGCCGAGAGGAGAGGAGGGGGGGCUUCCAGAAACAAGGGCUUUCUCCUCAGACUCCUCCUCCUCGGAGGGAGCCAGGACUGCCAUGCAGAAGUGCAGGAUGGGCAUCCCCUCCUCUAGGCAAACAGCCGGGGCCCUCCCUGGCAGAGAAGCCUUGGAUGGGGGAAUGUCCAGCCAAGAGCCCCAGCAGGAUUCCUCCUCAUGCCAAGAGAAUAAGGAAGCUCUCAGCGGAUGUGCGACAGGACAGCCUCUUCAGGCUGAGACAAGACGGAGAGGAGGGGCUAUUUGCACCCGCAGUGAAUGGCUCGUUUUCCUAAGCAGGGAGGGCAUCUGCUUUGUGGGGCGACCUUGGCGCAUUGUGGACGGCAGUCUGAACAAACCGGUCUGCAAAGGGAUCAUGGAAGGGGUGCUCGGCCACAUUAUGACAAAACCUGGCAUCACAGAAGCAGCCCUGCAGCACCACUACCUGGGUGUCCUGCAGCCCGUGGCUCUCCUGGAGAUCCUACAGGCUCUGGAGUCUCUGGGCUGCAUCCGGAAAUUCCACUUCCAAAGGCCCGGCGCGGCCUCGCUCUUCUCCCAGCCUGCCCGAGAGGAAGUGGCCCCCGGCGGCAAGCUGAGCGACGCCCCGGCCGCCUUCUACGAGCCGACCCUCGACUGCACCCUGAAAAUGGGCCGGGUCUUCCCCUACGAAGUAAACUGGAACAAGUGGGGCGCCGCUGCGAGCCAAUAAAGUCGCUUUAUUGAAGCCC